UCAAAGCUCUUAUUUUCUUCCAAUUUUCCUAUCACAUGGCUUCUUCUCCUUCCUUAGAAAACACAAAACAAAGGGGUGGUGAGAAACCAAUUCCACUUCACGAAAACGUUUUGCAGAAGCAUGCUGCUUUCUUUGACAAGAAUCACGAUGGUGUCAUUUAUCCAUGGGAAACUUUUCAAGGGUUACGUGAAAUUGGAAAUGGAAUAUUUUCGUCGGUUGGACUUUCUCUGUUCAUCAAUUUGGGUCUUAGUCAAACUACUCGUCCAGGAAAAUUUCCAUCUUUACUUUUUCCAAUUGAAAUUAAGAACAUCCAUUUGGGCAAACAUGGCAGUGACACUGGAGUCUAUGAUACCGAAGGAAGGUUUCUUCCUUCAAAAUUUGAAGACAUUUUCACCAAACAUGCACAUACACAACCAAAUGCCCUCACAUAUGAUGAGCUAAUGCAGAUGAUACAAGCAAAUAGAGAACCCAAAGAUAUCAAAGGAAGGAUUGGUGGCUUGGUAGAAUGGAAGAUCCUUUACAAAGUUGCCAAAGACAAGAGUGGUUUACUACAAAAGGAAACAAUCCGAGGUGUUUAUGAUGGAAGCUUGUUUGAAAUGUUGAAAAAGGAACAUUCUACACACACAAAAAAGUGAUUCAUUCUUUUGUUGGUGAUAAUUUUCUUUUUCUAUUAUAUAUAGACACAAUAAUGUCUAAAAGUAAGGAUUUGUUCAUGGUGGUGAAGUUGUUUUUUAAGAAUAUAGGGUCAUAAAAUGUUUUUAUUUAUUUCGAAUUUACUUUGUCAUUUGAUGUAUUUGUUC